GCCAAACCUAUGUCCCCAACUUCCUCCCUCUCUUCUUACCCCCCAUAAUUUCACUUUUCACCGCCUCCCAUGAAAUUCAUAAUAUUCUAUUCAGACAGGGAAAAAAAGCAGUGAAAAGGCUGCAGACAACACAACAAACUAGUACUAAUCUAAGAGUUGCAAGAAAUCUGGUUAUUCCCUUCAUAUAUAAGAUAUUAAGGAAACUUAUUAGCCACUUCACUUCUUAUAAGUUUGUGUUAAUGUCAUAUCUCACUACCCUUUUCUUGCUUCCCUCUGAAAAUUCCCUCUAAAUUCCUCACUGGAUGUGACACAAACACACACACACACACACACACAGAAUAAGGAAAAGAGUAUAUAGAUAUAUAUAUCUUUCAGGCCAUUUGGAUCCCAUUUUUCUUUGAUCUUGAAUAUAUAUGUGUUAGACUUAUUGUAAGAAGAUUCCUUGAAAAGAAGAUGACUGCAGAAGAAGCAAUCUCAAGUUCUUUCACUCAAACUCCAAACAUUGGAGAAGCCAAUAAUCUUCCAACUCUAAAGAGGAAGAGAAACCUUCCAGGAACACCAGGCAAACUAAUAUCCCAAAAGCUCUUCUUUUUUUUUUAUUGUUCGGCUUUUUUGUCAUCAUGAGUAUAUUCAUUAAUAUUCAUCACGAGGUUUCAUCAUUUUUGUACAGAUCCUGAAGCUGAAGUCAUUGCACUAUCACCAAAGACGCUGAUGGCGACGAAUCGGUUCUUGUGUGAGAUAUGCGGAAAGGGUUUCCAAAGGGAUCAGAAUUUGCAGUUGCAUAGAAGAGGCCACAAUUUGCCAUGGAAACUGAAGCAAAGAAGCAGUAAAGAAGUCAGGAAGCGGGUUUACGUAUGCCCUGAAAAGUCAUGUGUACAUCACCAUCCAUCUAGGGCACUUGGGGACUUAACUGGGAUAAAGAAGCACUUCUGUAGAAAGCAUGGAGAGAAGAAGUGGAAGUGUGAGAAGUGCUCUAAACGGUAUGCUGUUCAGUCAGAUUGGAAAGCCCACUCAAAGACUUGUGGCACUAGGGAGUACAAAUGUGGCUGCGGCACUAUUUUUUCACGGAGAGAUAGCUUCAUAACACAUAGGGCCUUUUGUGAUGCUUUAGCUGAAGAAACAGCAAGAGUGACAGCAGCAUCCAAUGUUGUAGCAGCCAAUUCCAUCAAUUAUCAGUUUGUGGGAGCAUCACUUGGAGCUAUGGGGCAGCAACCACAUUUCUCAUCAAUUUUCAAACCAAUCACAACCAGCAACAGUACUACUACUGAAACCUGCAUUAAUCCAAUAAGACAAUCUGCUGCUCUUCCCCUUUGGAUGGGCCAUGGAAUCUCAUCAUCUCAUCAAGGCCAUCAAGACAAAAUUCCCAAUACUAGUAAUAAUAAUAACCUCCAACAAAUACCUCAUCAACAUCAUCUUAUUAAUUCAGCUGUGUCCACAGUGAUCUCAUCGUCAUCUUCAUCAGGGCUACUGUUUCCUACUGAUUCUUUUGUUAAUUCUACACCAACAAAUUAUCAACUGGAUUGGGAUUUUGGAAGUAAACUCUCCUCCUCCUCCAACAGUGGUCCCACUUCCACCCUUGCCCUAAACAAGCAGCUUAAAGAGAAUGAUGGUGGAAGUAGUCAAAAUAGCAAUCAGAUGAUGAUGACUGUUCCUUCUUUGUUCAGUACCCAACAUUUACAUCAAUCUCAUCAAACACAUUCCUCUGCUGCUGCAACCAUCUCUGCCACAGCUCUACUUCAGAAAGCUGCCCAGAUUGGAGCAACAACAAGUACUACUGAUCAGUCAUUGUUCCUAGGAAGCUUUGGAUUCAAGUCUAAUGAUGACAGCUCAAUUCAUGAUCAAGAAGGUCUCAAAUUCUCUGAAUUGCAUGGUACCACUACUACAACUACCAGUACUAAUUUGCAGAGCUCAGGGAUUCAUCAUGAUCAUCUUUUGAGUAUGAAUCAGUUACAAAUGUACCCUUCAAAACGCCGCCAUAUACAGAGUGAAGAUACUACAACAGCAGCAGCAGGAGGAGGUCAUACUAGGGAUUUUCUUGGGGUUGGAGUACAGCCCAUUUGCCAUCCAUCUUCAAUAAAUGGAUGGAUAUGAUGAUUAUGACUAUGAUCAAAUUCUUGUUAAUGGGAUUUUUAAUAAAAAAAUUUAUGAGAAAAGGGUUAAUGAAAAGGUGGUAAUAAUUAAAGUGGAGUUGAAAUUGAACAUAUGGGCGGUGAAAGGGGAAUUUGGAAAAGGGUUUGGCUUUAGAAUUGGCAAAAAAAAAAAAAAAAAAAACUCUGCACAGAGAGAGGGGUGGAAAAGGUGGCAUUGGGUGGUGGAUGAAAGUUUAAAAAGUUGCAGGAGACAGAAGAAAAAGAAGAACUAUAUGUUUAAUAAGAAAGAGGAUAGAGCUGGCCAUGCAUAUUCUGGUUGAUCCUUUUGAAGCUUUUAUCUUGGAAAAAAAAAAUGGUUGGAUUCUUUUAUAGUUGUUGAUAAAAGGGUUUUGGAGUAGUGGGGACAAAGCAAAAGAGGGCCUUCUUCUUCUUCUUUUUUUUGUUUCCAACUCCAAUUAUUGCUUUGUGUUUUUGAUCAUAUGUGUUUGUAAUCAAGUUAUUAUCUUCUCAAGCUGAAAUGAAAAAAAAUGAUUAUAGUGGGCUAGAAAAGUUGUAAAUCAAUCUUGUUUAGUAUGCAACCCUAGUUAGGUAGCCUUUUAGAAGAUAAGCUUAGAUUAAGUGAUUGUUUCAACCUACUGUUUUGCCAUGCAAAAAAUUGUACAGCAAUUAGCAACACAUGAAAUGCAUGCAAUAAUUCAACCAUAAGUUGGUUCCCACAUGUAAAAGAUAUACCAAAUCUUCG